AUGAAUGUGUUCCUCCAAGUAUAAUACAGCCUGAAACAAUUAAAUGGGUGUUGUGAGAGUUCUCUCUACCGAUACAAUCAAGGCACCAAAAUCCAGUGACAGAAAAAUUGAUUUGACUCCAUGGGAUCUUCAAUUUCUAUCUAUUUUAACCAACAAAAAAGGUCUUCUUUAUCACCAUCCACCCGUCGCAAACCAAAUCCAACAACUAAAACACUCUCUAUCCUCCGUUCUUGAAUUUUUUCAACCUCUUGCAGGUCGUCUCAAAAUAACGGAACACAAAGAUAAUAUUAUCUCGUGUUCCGUUAUUUGCAACAACACAGGUGUUCUUUUUAUUCAUGCUGUUGUGGAAAAUACUUGUGUUGCUGAUAUCUUAGAACCUAUCUACGUUCCUUCAAUUGUCAAUUCAUUUUUCCCUUUUAUCGGAGUUAGUAAUUAUGAAGGUACAUCACAACCAUUGUUGGGUGUUCAAGUCACGGAGCUAGUUGAUGGUAUCUUCAUUGGUUGCACAUUUAACCAUGUGGUUGUUGACGGAAAUUCCUUAUGGCAUUUCAUCAAUUCAUGGGCUGAAAUUUCACGUAAUUCUUGUCAUCAUCAUAUAUCCAAACUCCCAAUACUAGAACGUUGGUUUCCUAAUGAUAUUCAACAUCCAAUUCAAUUUCCUUUUACUAUGGAUCCAUCUGAUGACGGGUCCAGUUCUUCACCAUCUGAAGAUGAGAGACUCAAUAUAUCAGAGAGAAUAUUUCACUUCAAAAAGGAGAAAAUCUUUCAACUAAAAUCAAAAAUCAAUACACAUAUUGACAGUACCAUCAAAAUAUCCUCUCUACAAGCGCUUUUAACUCAUGUUUGGUGCUCCUUUGUUCGUUCCAAACAAUUUGACCCACAGGAAGAAAUUCAUAACAGGUUUGCAAUAGGGGUUGGAACAAGAUUACUUCCACCAUUGCCAAAAGGUUAUUUUGGAAACACAGUUAUAGGUUGCAUGGUUACCAUGAAAGCUGGAGAGUUGUUGAAGGAAAAUGGGCUUCGUAAUGGUGCUUGGGAGAUGAACAAGUUAAUUGCUUCAUACUCUAAUGAAAAGAUAAGGAAUCAUUACGAAUCUUGGUUGAAGAAUCCAAAUAUUGUAAGGUUUAACGGCAUACUGAAUAAUAAUUUCUUAGUCAUAAGUAGUUCUCCACAUUUUGAUGUGUAUGGUAAUGAUUUUGGAUGGGGAAAGCCAGUGGCAGUUCGGAGUUCAAUUAAAGUAAAUGGACUUGUUACUGUGUUUGCUGGAGUAGAAGAGGGUAGCAUUGAUCUUCAGCUAUGCCUUCCUUACAAUAUUUUAGAGGCAAUGGGAAAUGACCUUCAGCUCAUGGAUCUUGUGUCCAAUUGAUGCAGAGUUGACUUAAGAUUUAUUAUUACUUUUUUGAAUUUAAGUUUUAGAUUUAUUUAUUUAUUUAUUUAUAAAAAGUGUGAUUAACAGUGUGUAAAUUUGAUUGCUUUUCAUGAGCACGAAUUUGUACUUGAAUUAUUCUAAUGUGCGGCAAGUACUCAAUUAUAUUUAAGAGAUAUAAUAAGAUAAAUUAUUUUUUGUUUAAAAACUUAGAGCUAUG